CCCCCAGCACGUACACUCAUCCAGAGCCACCUUAAAAGCAGGAGGCAAUUGUGAGGUUGCUGGCCAGCAAGUGGAGUGAAGACCGUAGAGUCCUCAAGUCCCCAAAGUCCCAGGACCUGCAUCUUCCAGGGAUACCAUGUUGGUCUUCACUCUGCUGCUGGAGGUGAUUUGGAUCCUGGCUGCAGAAGCGGGUCAGCACUGGACACACGAGGGCCCACAUGGUCAAGACCACUGGCCAGCCUCUUACCCUGAGUGUGGAAGCAAUGCCCAAUCCCCCAUCAAUAUCCAGACAGACAGUGUGACUUUUGACCCUGAGUUGCCCGCUCUGCAGCCCCACGGAUAUGACCAGCCUAGCACUGAGCCUUUGGACCUGCACAACAAUGGCCACACAGUGCAACUCUCUCUGCCCCCUACCAUGUAUCUGGAGGGACUUCCCCGGAAAUACGUAGCUGCCCAGCUCCACCUGCAUUGGGGUGAGACAGGAUCCCUUGGGGGAUCAGAGCACCAGAUCAACAGCGAGGCCACAGCUGCGGAGCUCCACAUUGUACAUUAUGAUUCUGAUUCCUAUGACAGCUUGAGUGAGGCCGCUUCAAAGCCUCAGGGCCUGGCUGUCUUGGGCAUCCUCAUUGAGGUGGGUGAGACCAAGAAUCCAGUUUAUGAACACAUUCUGAGUCACUUGCAUGAAAUUAGGCAUAAAGUCUGUUCUCCUCCAGAUCAGAAGACUUCAGUGCCUCCCUUCAAUGUGGGAGAGCUGCUGCCCCCACAGCUGGACCAGUUCUUCCGCUACAAUGGCUCCCUCACCACACCCCCCUGCUACCAGAGUGUGCUCUGGACCGUCUUCAAUCGAAGGGCUCAGAUUUCAAUGGGACAGCUGGAAGAGCUCCAGGAGACAUUGUUCUCCACAGAAGAGGAGCCCUCUAAGCUCCUGGUACAGAACUACCGAGCCCCCCAGCCUCUCAAUCAGCGAACAGUCUUUGCUUCUUUCAUCCAAGCGGAAUCGUUGUAUACUGCAGGUGAAAUGCUGAGUCUGGGAGUGGGAAUCUUGGUUGGCUGUCUUUGCCUUCUACUGGCUGUUUAUUUCAUCGCCAGGAAGAUUCGGAAGAAGAGGCUAGGAAACCGGAAAAGUGUGGUCUUUACCUCAGCACGAGCCACAGAGGCAUAGACUCCCUCACCAACAUCAUGGAUGCUUUCCCCUCAUGCCAGUCAGGGAGCUUCUAAAAUGAGGUGCAGGGACUGGCCAGAAAAUACUGUAGGAGUAGUGGGCAGACAGCCCUCCUUCCACCAGACACCCCCUACAGAGAGGCAUGGACAGGCUUUUGUUCUGGAGUAAGAGCAGAGCCUUCAACUUCUCAAAACAUAUAGGUCAGGACAACACUAUGUUGACAAUGAAGAUGGCAAACUGUGUUUAGUUGUAGGGGAAGCUGGGGAUGUACCCCCAAAGUCCUCCACCCCCUUACCUUUAUGUCCCUUUCCCUAGAUAUAGUGCAGGACCUCCCCUUGGGAAAAAGAGUUGCUGCUGUUGGGGUUAUAUUUUUUGGCUCAAUAUAUCUGGAAAUUAAAGUUUC